AUGGCUUCUGCUACACCUUCUUCCAAAAUAAGUGUUAGAGCAAAAUCUGCUACGUCUCUCCGAUCAAAAUCCACUUCUACUUUUUCUAACAACAACGUCGGUGAUAAAGGGGAAGAUAAUGAUACUAAAGGUAAAGACUCAUCUAUCCCUCCCCCUUUACAAAAAAAUACAAAAGAUGACGAUUCAAAUAAGAAAGCCAAUAAAAGUUGGAGCAUUUGGGGAUCUAGUAAUACUCCCGCCGAACAGAAUAGUAUACCCCCUACUACUAAAUUGUCAUCAACUCGGACGACAGGUUCAAUACGAUCCAAUAACUCCUCUGAAGAAGUUCCUGAUUCAAUAACGACAGCAACUAAUGCUAAUGCUAAUGUUAGUAAUGAAGUGACUCAAAAGGACACAGCAUCUACAGAUACCAAUAAUAUUGAUGAAAACCACGAUGAAACCUCCAGGGCUCGAGGCUGGUCUUUCUGGCAAAGGCAGCCUAAAAUAACAACCUAUGUUGAAACGGAGUCGACCACCAAAACACAACCUACCACGGAACCAUUCAAUCCAUUGGUAAAUACGCUCAUACCACCUUCAUCGGAAAAGGAAUCAUUACUGUCAAGGAUAAAGUCAAACAUGCCUGGGUUUCAAAGCCCGAACAUUAUGGUCCCGGAUAUUAACAUCUUACCAAAACAAUCCCUAUGGACAUCAUUAAGUCACAUGUUCACAUUCAACGAAGAGAAACAAAAAUUCCUCUACAGAGCGGACCCAUAUUCUAAAUUAUCUGAAAUGUCUAACGGUGGGAAAAGACCAAUAAAAGUUCUCAUCGUCGGUAUUCAUGGCUUCUUCCCCACUAAAAUGAUUAGACCAUUCAUUGGGGAACCUACGGGUACAUCCACUAAAUUCAUCAAAGAAGCUGAAGAAAUUGUGGAGAAAUAUUUCCAUGAUCAUGAUCAGGCAUGUGAGAUUAGCAAAAUUGCAUUAGAGAAGGAGGGUGACAUCUUCGAUAGGGUGGAAUAUUUUUUUUCAAUCAUGCAAAAAUGGGCUAAGGAGAUUAAUGAUUCUGAUUUCAUUUAUUUCGUAUCACAUUCACAAGGUUGUCCCGUGUCAAUUAUCCUGCUAGCGAAAUUGAUCGAGAGUGGGAUUAUUAAUGUGGAUAAUUCGAAAUUUUUCACUGGAAGUGCUAGUGCUGAAGUCGGGUUUUGUUCCCAGAAAAAAAUUAUUAGUGUGCUGGCAAUGGCAGGUAUUAAUAAUGGACCCUUUUAUGGAGCUGAUCAAACCUUAUUCGUAAGAGCUUAUCAAACUAUUGAGAGAGACUCAUUGAGAGAAUUAUUUGAGUUUCAGAAAUUCGAUUCCAUUCAAUCGAAAAAAUUUAUUAAUGGGUUGCGUGUUAUAAUUGCAAAUAAUGUAAAAGUGACAUUUGUUGGGUCAAUUAAUGAUCAAUUGGUUCCGUUAUACUCAUCUACUUGUCUCUUCGCGGAUCAUCCAAAUAUUUUUAGAACUACAUUUAUAGAUAAAAGCUCAAUGACUCCAUCAUUCAUAAUGAGAAUAAUCAAAAUUGCAGGAACAUUACUAAAUUUAGGUUACGAUGAUCACGGGAUCGUCAAAGAGAUUAGUGGAUCAUUAGCAGGUCCUCUCACUGGAGGUGGUCAUUCCACUGUUUAUAAUGAGAAGCAAGUUUACGAACUAGGAGUUAAGUUUGCCCUAGAAACAACAGAUACAACUACAACUACAUCUGUCACCUAUACUCCAUAUAAAUUAUCUGAAUUGGGCACUAAUCCUUAUCAUUUACCUUGGUCCAUGCGUGGAUUGAUUUAUGAAACAAAGAAAUAUUUAGGAGAUGAAGAAAUUAACCAACUAUAUAAAGAAUUUGAAGAAUGGAAACCAGAAACAAAGCAAUUGAAGGAUAUCAAAUAUAGAUUAAAUGGCUUGAGGUAUAAACUCUAG